CCAAAGUCAAGCCCAACGUUUGGGUGUGUUGACAAAGUGAAAGUGAAAGAGUUUGCCAGUGGAAAACUACCGAGAGGUAGAGAAAUGUCUGCCAGUAGAUGUAACCCCGAGAAACAGUUUCAGGUGGGCUACCUGUAAAAUUUGGGAUGAUGUCUUCUGACAUCAAUCUGCAUGGAAUCAGCGUGCAUUCGUAGAGCAAUUGAUGCCAAUGGCGCUAAUGUUGGUGAGCUGCAUAUUUCUGUAUUUAGGGUGUCUAUCUGCUGCUGGUUAUGAUGACAUAGAAGAGAAAAUCGUACACGUUGGGGAUCCUGUUACACUCAGUUGUUAUACAGAUCCAGAGAAUGUGGAUCCUUCUAAGAUUACAUGGAAAACACAUGGUAACAUCGUGGCCAGAAUUUCCAAUGGAAAACUCACCUCAGACUGUGGGUAUGAGGGCAGAGUACAGAUAUCUAAAAGCAUCGCAAAGGGAGAUUUAUCCCUCACCAUACAUCGCACAGUGUAUAAUGACUUUGGUGAAUAUGAAUGUUGGUAUAAUGGAGAACACAAGACAGCUUGGUCCUUGAAGAUUACAGCAAACAUUCCAAAGAAGCUUGAAGUAACUGCUGGAGACCCUGUGUCCAUCCCUUGUUUUACACGACAAAAUAAAGGUUCUCAGAAGGGGAUGAUGUCCGAGGACAUCAGUUUUGAAUGGAAGAAAGAUGAGAAAAGUGUACUUCGAGUAGAGAGAGGUGGAAUAAUGGAUAAGGCAGAUGAAGUGGACUUCUCAGAUGAUGUACACAAUGGAAAUUUAUCUCUCAUCAUUGCUCAGGCAUUUUUUUCCGAUCGUGGGACCUACAGGUGCAAUGGGGAUAUAGAUGUGACUUGUCUUCUUGUAGUAAGUGGUCACAAGAAGAGAAGAGAAGUUUCUCUUGAAGACCGACUCUCCCUGCAACUUUACACAGUGGAUCCUGUUAUUGUGUACUUCCAGAGGGACCAUUACAGCACUCCAGUCAUAGUCUGUAAUGGUAGUCAAUGCAGUCCAGGCUGGAUUUAUGUCAAAAAUGGACACAAAGUUGAACUGAACACUGUGACGAGGGACCAUAUAGGGAUAUAUACUGUGAGAGAUAGACAAAGUGAUGAAUUAUUGUGCACGUACAAUGUUCAGGUAACCACGUCAGAGGGUGUUUAUAUUCAUAACAUUGUUCAUGUUGUGUAUUUUUUUCUUGUUAGCAUAAUUAGCAUAAUUUUAGCCUCCCCUUCACCCUGAUGCAGGACAACUGAUGCUUUUGAUUCCCCUGCGGCUUUCCAUGGUUUCCUGACAACCAUAAUCCCGCUCAUAUUGCUCCAGUGUGCUAUAUCUAGACUACUUACUACAUAGGGUGCAUGAAACGCCCCUCGAAAAUGAAAACUUUGCAAUAUCCCACUCUGCUCUUGCAGCAUUUUCCCUUUGCACUAUCAUACUGUAACUCCCUUGUAAAUUUCUAGGAAAUUUUA